AUGUCUCUCGAUGAUUCGUCCCCCAAGCCGUACAAAAACGUGUCGAUCCAGCUGAUUCUCAACGACCAGCAACCAGAAAUCAAAAGAGAACGCGAGCGAGAGCGAGAGCGACACCUUGACCACCUCGAGGUCGUCCGUCGACUGUCUGGUGUUCAGGUCCAGUCUCUCUCUCGCCCUGCGGAUUCUUUGUCUUUGAAUUUGGACAAUCCAAGCGCCAACGAUCCGCGUCUUGUCCAUCCUGAAGAUGCCCUUCCGCCUUCAACUGCUGCCACGCCUUCUGUCGCUGCUUCAGCUCCUCCUCUGUCUGCUGCUGCACCUCCUUCUGCUGCACCUCCUUCUGCUGCUCAUCCUUCUGCUGCACAACCACCCACCACUGGUCCUGCCCCUGCACUUCCCUGGAUUGCUCCCGCAGUGCUGACCUUGGCGGCUCUGUUAGGAACCAGUCCCAACCCCAACUCUCCGUUGGCCUCCCCGAAGCACAAGCGCAAUUACUCCCACUCCGAAUACAAGACUAUGAGCAGUACCAGUGCCUCUGCCUCUCCGGCCACCACCGCUGCCGCCUAUUCCCCCAACAACCUUGCCAUGAGACAGCCUCUUCUUCCACAUCUAGCACCUCAGAAUCUCCCCCAACAGCAACAGCAGCAGCAACAGCAACAGCAACAGCAGCAACAGCAGCCCCACCCUCAACAGCUCCAACAGCAACCUCAUCCUCAACAACAGCACCCUCCUCCUUCACACCUCCCCCCUCAACACAUCCAAUACAUGCAGCAAUACCACCCGGUGGUCCACCAACAAUCCUACUAUCCACAACAACCACAACCGCCGGUAGACUACGCUGACGCCCGAAGGGGUCGUCGCUUCAGGCGACGCUACAACCAGAUCGUGCGCAAGUACCUGUGCUCGUACCUGGGCUGUUCCAAGAGCUACGGUUCCCUCAACCACUUGAACACCCACAUCGUGUCCAAGAAGCACGGCCAGCGCAAGUCCAAGGCAGACUUCCAGAACCACGACGACCCACAGCAUGACAUGCUCCCGCAGUCCUCUUCCGUUUGGUUCGGGCCUCCUGGUCCCCCCGGGCCCCCUGGUGCCGUUCUUGGUCCCCAUGGAAUGGCCUUCCCGCCAGGCCAACUGGUGGGGCCCCAGGGACUCCCUGGAGGACCAGGCGUCCUCGACCAACAGCACACCCCUCAGUUCUACGUCCAGCGCCCGUGGGGCCUACAAGUGGUUGAUCCACAGCAACUCCCCCACCAUCCGUUGCCCCACCACCAACACAACCAGCCGCCUCCACCACCGCCGCCUCCCCAGCUGGUGCCCGUACAGUCGCAACUACAUCUACAUCAACAACUACCGCAUCUACAGUUGGUCCAGCAACAACAGCAACCCCCUCACCAUGCUCCCCCUCACCACUCUCAACCUCACCCUCACCCUCACCCUACACAAACGCUGAUGGCUGGACCUCCGCUUGGACACACCCCUCCCUCUCUACAAAGAUUACCGCUACACAUGCUGGGACCACCACCACCACCAGGCUCCAUGGGCCCCGGCCCCGGUCCAGGUCCCGGUCCCGGGUCCGUCGUCUCGACCUCGGCAACCCCCACCAUCUCGCCCCUCGUACCCCCAAACACACACGCCCACCCCACCUCCACCCCGGCUCCCACAAACCCAGGAGCCCACCUCUCGAGCGCAUCAUCGUCGGCCGGAUCGAUUUCCCCCUAG